GCCGGCAAGGGUGCCGACAUCUUUAAACGACGUGAAAAAUACACGCCAGGCGUGUCAAGGUAUGACAUGUUAUCGCAAUUGCAUUCCGCAUUAAGCACGGAAGUGAGAGACACACUAUAAGAACCAUGGAUGACAGAGCGUUGGAUCUCACGGAGCAGCAGAAGAAAACCAAGGCCAAGUACCCGGCUAUCAAUAAGAAAUAUGAAUACCUUGACCACACAGCAGACGUCCAGCUGCAUUCAUGGGGAGAAACGUUAGAGGAAGCGUUUGAACAGUGCGCCAUGGCAAUGUUCGGGUACAUGACAGACACCGAAACCGUGGAACCCAUCGACACGAUCGAAGUGGAAUCGGAAGGUGAUGACAUGAUUUCCCUCCUUUAUCACUUCCUGGAUGACUGGUUGUAUAAAUUCAGUGCUGACCAGUUCUUUGUUCCCAGGGAAGUGAAAGUGCUGCACAUAGACAGGAUGCGCUUCAAAAUCAGGUCCAUAGGGUGGGGUGAGGAGUUUAAUUUAACCAAACACCCACAGGGAACUGAAGUAAAAGCCAUCACUUAUUCAGCGAUGCAGAUUCACGAAGAGAACAAGCCCCACGUUUUUGUCAUUAUUGACAUCUGAAGACAACAUGGACUGUACAGCUGGCUUAUGGAAAGACGUCGCUGAGUUUACUAAAGGACUGCUUGACCUUCACAGUGGUUCAUUCAGACCCCGGGCACUGUGUUAAUGGGAGAGAUAUCUUGAAAGGCUGCUGUAAUUACAGACUUGCAAUUCCUAGUACUCCGAGCUAACAAAAUGAUAUAUCUAAACUUGCAUUGCCGUUGUCUUAUUCACUUCUUGUUUUUGUUAUCAAAGAGACACACGUGAAGGUAAACUUGUCUUUUGAUUUUUUUUAAAUAAGAUCUCGCUUCAAGAGGUCACAUGACGAACGCAUGGACAUUUAAAUCACGUUAGUCAUUGGAAAAGCUACGAUUGGCAACUUGGUAGUUAUUUUUAUAAUUCAGCAUUGAAAUACAUGUGUACCAAGUGAGUCUUUUAUACAGAAAAACGUGAGACCGACAAAGUGAUGGCAAUGCAAAUUAGCUAAGGUUUACAUGUGUUAUUUUGUUUGUUUGAUGUACUGGUAAUGAUGUGUGUGUGUGUUGUAUUUUUUCAGGUGUGCAAUUUUUUUAAUUUUUUUUUUAAUUAGUAUUUUAGCCAAGAUUAAAUCGUAAAGCAUACAGUAUAAAGCUUGCACUAUUAUUUAAUUAUCAUUUUCAAGAAAAGUAAAUUGUCAGAUAUUAGCUUGCCUUGGCAAUGGCAGCUAUUUCAAAGGGCUGAUGGGUGUGCAGGAAUCAGAUUCUGAAACGGUUGUUAGUUCUGUAGAAACGUGUGUAUCGGUCACAAACACUAACUGAGGUACCUUAUUUAUUACAGUUCUGCAGAAAGAAAGCAGAUCAAGUAGAUCUGAUUGCAGCUUGUUUAAAAGACGGCUGUGAUCUUUUUUUUUUUUUAACAUGCCGUUUCUAUGUUUUUGAUGGUAAUCAUGUUUCAAAUCAUAUUCAAUUUAUUAUAUUUCCAGCUGCUCGCUCAGACAUGUUAUAUGAUUUAUAUAAUUGCAGAACAGAGCAAAAAAUCUGUUCUAAAGAUUCAUGUGCUCCUCCCCCAGAAUAAAACCUCUCGAUUGAAUGUUA